AUGGCGAUGGCCAUGCCACGGCUAAUGCUGGCUGGGGGCACUGGCUUGCUUUGCACGUUGCAGCAUCGCAGGUGGAGCCAUUGCGAGCACAGUCCGCCCCGCGUGGUUAUCCUCGGAGCUGGCGUGAUGGGAUUGUCCACCGCGUGGAGCUUGUCACGUUCAGGUGAGCAGGUGGUCGUUUGCGAUGGUGGCCAUGCUGAAAAAGGCAGUUGGGGGGAAUCUCGAAUUGCACGUGUUAGCUAUGCCGAUGACGUGUUGGUGAAGUUGGCACGGCGAUCAUACGAGUUGUACGGCGAGCUGAGCAAGGUAUCUGCAGAGCCGCUGAUGUACAAAACGGGCUGCCUUGAUGUCGGUUUCAAGCGAGAGAGCCUCGACAAGCUUGCGGAGACUUAUGACCGCCUUGCUCAGCCUUACCAGCGACUGACACACAGUGAAGUGCGACAACGCUGGCCGAUGCUGCAGCUAUCCUCACAGUAUGUUGAGGCGUCUGUGUAUUGCCCACUUGGCGAUGCAGUUUGUGCUGGGGUGGUGGUGGAGUCCCUCAAGGAUCAGGUCCAAACACAUGCAGGCGCAACGGCGAUGGUUGAUGAGCCUGUGGUGUGCAUUGAUCGGCAAAAGAAGACGGUCACAACUGCCGACGGUUCCGUCAUUCCGUAUUCCAAGUUGGUUGUCGCGACAGGGAUCUGGACUAAUUGCACGUUGCAGAAGAUGUCGCUUCCUCUGUUGCCCUUGGUCGCUAGCAUCGAGCAGCAGACUUACUAUUCCAUUCCGGAAGGCAAGGAAGAGCUCUACAGCUUCAGCCACUUGCCCGUCAUCGUUGAGCACAACCCAUCCCCGGAACCUCAGAUGAAGCGCCGGGGUGGCUACAUGAUCCCGCACCUGAGCAAUGGAGUCGACGGUGUGAAGUUUGGCAUGCAUCGCCAGGGACCUUUGUUGGACAACGAGGAUUUUCCAAUGGCACCUGGUUCUGCCGCGGCCAGUGCGAAGUACUUCUCCUGCUCUGCGACCCGUGGAAGGGAUGUUUGGUGCAGCAGGUGGCCGGAGGGUGAGGAUGCCCACCUGCGAACGGAGACAGAUGCCUUCUGCAAGCGGAUCCUUCCUGGGUUGGACUCCUCAGCACCCCCUGCGUUGACCAUGCGCUGCCCGUAUGACCAGCAGCUCUAUGCGGAUGAGGAUUUCGUGGUGGGGGUGCACCCUGAAGACUGUGACAUCAUUAUCGUCGGUGGCUUUGCAGGCGAGGGCUUCAAGUUUGGCCCUGCGAUCGGCGAGAUGGCUGCUUGUUUGGUGACCGGUUCACCCUUCACGGUGCCCGAGGCCUACCAGCGCUUUCGCCUAGACCGAAAGACCCUGAUCUGA